AUGGAACAACUCAUACCCUCCUUCACCCGAGUUCAACUCGGCCUGGACCAACCCUCUGACCUCAUUGCCCGUUUCCCCCAGCUCGAGUCCGCCGUACUUUCCGGCGACAUGAACAUGUCCUCAUCUGACCUUUUGCUCCUCCUCGACCGCCCCUCACCCGCCUCCAUCGCCAGCUCCCUUGCCCAACUCCAAUCCUCCUCCACCCCCGACAAAGCCACCCUCCUUCACCGCGCCGUGCACACACCCACCGCCCUAUCCUCGGGCGAAAUUGACCUCCUCCGCCGCCGGUUCUGGCCCUCCCAUGAAUAUGACGGCUGUCUGGCGGCCUGGGCUGGCGCCCUUGCCAAACUCGAAUCGGACACGUCAGAGGAAUACAUGGUCAGCACGGUAGAGCGGUUGCGCAAAGUGAGAGAGAAGUUGGCGGGAGAGGAGGAAAAGGCGUUUGAGGCGGCGCAGCAGGAGUGGGUUCGGCGGCUGAUGUCGGGCACAAGCAUGCCAAAGGCGUGUUGGGGAUACGCAAUCUAUUACGAUCCGGACGCAGGAGCGGACGAUGAGGAUUUCCAAGUCCGCGUCAGCGCGUCACUGCAAUGGGCACGCGAUGUUUCGGCUGCGGCGAAGAAUGUGCAGGGGAAUUGGACGUUGCAUCGAAUGGGGUGGCCUGCAGGGGCCACUGAUAAGCACAAACGCGGCUUGCUCGAGAGGCUGCGGAGGGACUUCCAAACGGUUCGUGAUGCACUGCCUGAAGGGAUCCUUCAGAACGUCUUUCUGGUGGUGGACCGGGAUUCUGUGCACUCAGUGUUGAACGGGCCGAAAGGGGGAAAUGUCUGUGAUGACAUGUGGGUGUGGGCCGUGGAUCCGGAGUAUCGCGACGACAAGCAAGAGGGCCAGGACACGGUGCAAGAGCAAGAGGCAGCAUACCCAGGCUACGUCCGCGUGCGGCUGCAACAGCUGGUCAACAAUUUUUACGUCGCGCGGCGGUCCGACCAAGGCAACGUGGUGCCCCUGGAGACGCUCUGGGCAUGCGCGCAGAAGAGCUACCAGAGGGCGUUUGUGUCGGUUCGAGAGGAGGACUUCCAGAAGUGGGUGCCCAAUCGCGAUGUAGGCAGUUGUUUGAGGCAAUGA